GCAGGCUUCAAGUUGCUCUGGUCGCAGCCUGUACAGGCAUGAGGCUGUGUGCACUGCUGGUCGUGCUGGCUGGUGUACACUUGGUGGCUCCAGGGCCUACGGGCUGGCGGCUGCCGGGCAGAAGUCCCCGGUUUGAGCGUCCUGGGGAUGUGGUGCUGGGCGGCAGCUUCUCUAUUCUGCACUUCCACAGUGUUGCCCAGCUGGACUUCGUGGUGCCACCCUCGGGGCUGCCUGCUUCACGCGUGUCCAGAUGGGGCUACCGGGUGGCCCAGUGCUUCGUCUUUGCUGUCGAGGAGAUCAACAGGAACCCUCACCUGCUGCCCAACCUGACUCUGGGCUUCUCCAUCCGCAACUCCGGGGACUCAGUUCAUGGGGCCCUGCAUGAGACCAUGUCCUUCCUCACCGGGCAGGAGGACCCCGUCCCCAACUAUGUGUGCCAGUCUGGUCCACCCCGGGCCGCCUUGGUGGGGGACACGCGAUCGGCCCUGUCUGUGGCCAUGGCCAGGCUCCUGGGGCUCUACAAGUUUCCCCAGGUCAGUUACUCAUCCACACUGCCCAGCCUCAGUGACAAGACCCAGUUCCCAUCCUUUCUGCGUACCCGUGCCAGUGACCUCACAUCCUCCCAUGCCAUCACCCAGCUGGUGCUGCACUUGGGAUGGUCCUGGGUAGGCAUUCUGGCCCAGGAUGAUGACUUUGGGCAGCAGGCCGGCACUCUGGCCACCCAGGAGCUGGGCCAGGCAGGUGUUUGCAUUGAGUUUCACCUGCAUGUCCCUUCCCUUCAGUCCAUGGAGAAGAUUGAUGCCAUUGUGUGGAAGAUGGAGAAGAGCACGGCCACAGGGGUCCUGGUCUUCCUGAGUAACUCCAAUAUUCAACUCAUCCUGCAGAGGCUGGUAGGCUUCUGUGUCCUUGGCCAGGUCUGGGUCAGCGAGGGCCUCUUGUACACAGUGAUUGCCCUGGCCACACCGGGUGCCUCCUGGGUUCUUCAGGGUGCAUUUGGUCUUAUGUUGCAGAGUGGCCGGGCACAUGGAUUUCCCAAGUUCUUCGCCCGCCUGCACCCCAGCCAGACCCCAGAGGACAUGUUCCUGGGGAGGUUCUGGGAAGCCACCUUUGGGUGCAGGUGGCCACAUGAUAAUGACACUGUGGCAAGGGAUGUGCGGCUCUGCUCAGGUCAUGAGAGUCUGAGAGGCCACGAGUAUCCUUUCCAAGACAUAAGUAGAGUGGACGCCGCAUACCCCGCCGUCUACAGCGUUGCCCAUGCCCUGCAGGACAUGGUAUCCUGUGAGCAGGGGGAUAAGGCAUGUGAAGAUCCUAGGCACUUCCAGCCCUGGCAGCUCCUUCACCCCCUCAGAAAGGUGCGCUUCCAGACCCCCGAUGGGACCCACAUCAUGUUCGAUGCCAACGGAGAUUUGGUGACAAAGUUCGACAUUCUCCAAAGCCAGCAGAGCCCUGAGGGCCAGUUCCACUUUGUCCACAUUGGCAGGAUGGAGCCUCAUCGCUCUCCAGAGGACAGAAUGAUGAUUUUCUUGAAGGAUGAUGUUCAGGUGCCUAGCUCUGUCUGCGGCACCAGCUGUGAACCAGGAUUCAGCCAGAUCGCCCGAGAGGGAGCCCCCCACUGCUGCUUUGAGUGCCGGCCCUGCUCAGAGGGACAGUUUGCAGACCAGAGAGACAUGCAGAGCUGUCGCCAGUGUCCCGAGGAGCUGUACCCCAGCCAGACCAGAGACCGCUGCCUUCCCAGGACAGAGACCUUCCUGGCCUUUGAUGAGCCCCUGGGCCUUGCGCUGACAUUGGUGGUGCUGGCGCUGGCCGGCCUGGCAUGCCUGGUCCUCGGGGUGUUCCUGAGGUUCCGGGACACACCCGUGGUCAGGGCCAACAACAGGGCCCUCAGCUACGUGCUCCUGGCCUCCUUGGCCCUCUGUGCCCUGUGCCCUCUGUUGUUCCUGGGUCGCCCCUCACCCACCACCUGCCUCCUCCGCCAGACCACCUUUGCCGUGGUGUUCACUGUGGCCGUGUCCUGUGUCCUCGCCAAGACGCUCACCGUGGUCCUGGCCUUCAGGGUCACUAGGCCAGGACAGAGGGUCCUCAUGUGCCUGAGGCCCAGUGCCUCCUCCUCCAUGGUUUUUGUCUCCUCCUUGAUGCAGGUCAUUCUCUGUGGGGCCUGGCUGGGCACCUCCCCACCAUUCCCACAAAAGGAUGCAACAUCAGAGCCAGGCCACCUCGUGCUCCUGUGUCAGGAGGGCUCUGGGGUCGCCUUCUCCUGCGUGCUGGGCUACCUGGGCCUCCUGGCUGUGGGCACCUUCUCUGUGGCCUUCCUGGCCCGGGACCUGCCAGACACCUUCAACGAGACCAAGUUCCUCACCUUCAGCAUGCUGCUCUUCUGCAGCGUCUGGACGGCCUUCCUUCCCCUGUACCACAGUGCACGGGGCAAGGCCACGGUAGCUGUGGAGGUCUUCUCCAUCUUGGCCUCCACGGCAGGACUGCUGGGUGGCAUCUUCCUCCCCAAGUGCUACCUCAUCCUGCUGAAACCUGAGAGGAACACCCUGUUCGGUCUGAGGCCUGGACCCAGGUCUAAGAGUGGAUGUGGGAGUCUCUUGGGAACGGGAGUCCCUCCAGGCCUUCAUCACAGCACCAGUUGA